AUGCUGUGGUCGAUCGGGUGGCGGCCGAGGUGGGUGAGAAAAGGCUGGGUGCCCUCGACUCGACCUCCGAACCGCCUUUCUGCUCGCCUCGCCGCUCUGCAUCCUCUUCACCACAUCGACCAAUACACACCACUACGCAACGUGCAAGCAGUCGCCAAUACCCACGAGGAACCACACCACAGCAGGAGCAGCGGUCUCGACCCUGGAUGCACCGCGAAUUUCAUCAUCUCGCACCGGCCUGGAAAUUGGACCUCUACUGCCAUGUCUUUACAAUUACAUCCACAACUCUUCGCGCCUGUGACUGACAAAAGCCUCUCUCCAGACGUAUAUCCGCUCUCUGCAACACCUUAUCGCAUACCGAUACCGCCACCUCUUCAUACUCGAACCAAUCGGCCUCUCGCCGAUAGAAUGGGCCGGGUAGCCUUCGCCGACGAUGUAAAAGCAGAGCAUGUCAUUGAAGAAAUAGAAGAAGAGCCGGCGAACAUCUAUCCAUACCAAAACACACCAGAGAACAAGUCAUGGGCGGGUGCGCUCCCACUCAAGCAGGGUCUCUACGACCCGGAGCUUGAGAAAGAUGCCUGCGGUGUUGGUUUCGCCGCCAACAUCAAGGGUGUCGCCAGCCACAAGAUUGUCAAAGAUGCCCGCAACCUGCUUUGCAACAUGACCCAUCGCGGUGCGGUGGGUUCCGAUGCACGAGACGGUGAUGGCGCAGGCGUCAUGACAUCGAUCCCUCACAAGUUCUUCCUCAAGAACUUUGAGCGGGAGCAGGGUUACAAGCUCCCUGACUUCGGCAAGUACGCCGUGGGAAACAUCUUCUUCAAGCCAGAGGAGGAGACACUCAAGCAAACACUCGACCAAUUCGAAGACAUCGCCGAUGGCCUCGACCUUCGAGUUCUCGGGUGGCGAGAGGUUCCCAAGGACAGCUCUCUGCUCGGACCAGCGGCCAAGUCACGAGAGCCGAUCAUUCUUCAGCCUUUCGUGGUGCUGAAGUCCGUCUACGGUGACGGCAAGGAGCCAAAGGAGGACUUCAACGACAAGUACAACGAGCGAACAUUCGAGCUUCAGCUGUACAUUCUGAGGAAGCGAGCUACCCACGUUAUCGGGCUUCACAACUGGUUCUACCUGUGCUCGCUGAGCAACAAGAACAUUGUGUACAAGGGUCAGCUCUCGCCCGUCCAGGUCUACGACUACUACCACGAUCUGGUCAACGUGGACUACGAGGGUCACUUUGCGCUGGUGCACUCUCGUUUCAGCACAAACACAUUCCCGUCUUGGGACAGAGCACAGCCUCUGCGAUGGGCCGCACACAACGGAGAAAUCAACACUCUCCGCGGAAACAAGAACUGGAUGCGCGCUCGUGAGGGCGUGUUGAAGUCGGAUGUUUUCGGUGAGGACCUCGACUCCAUGUACCCUAUCAUUGAAGAUGGCGGUUCUGAUUCGGCGGCGUUCGACAACGUCCUCGAGCUCCUGGUCAUCAACGGUGUGCUCUCGCUCCCAGAAGCAGUCAUGCUCAUGGUGCCAGAGGCAUGGCAAGGAAACGAUGCCAUCGACGAGAAGAAGCAGGCAUACUAUCAGUGGGCUGCCUGCAUGAUGGAGCCUUGGGAUGGUCCAGCGCUCUUCACAUUCUCCGACGGCCGCUACUGCGGUGCCACACUCGACCGAAACGGUCUGAGGCCUUGCCGUUACUACGUCCUUGACGACGACCGCAUCAUCUGCGCUUCCGAGGUUGGAACCAUUACCGUCGACCCGUCCACUGUCGUGCAGAAAGGUCGACUUCAGCCGGGUCGCAUGCUUCUCGUCGACACUGUCGCCGGAAGAAUCAUCGACGACGCUGAGCUGAAGGAGACUGUUGCUAGCCGCCAGGACUUCAGGUCAUGGCUCGACCAGCAGCUAUUGGUUCUCCCAGACAUCCAGAAGAAGCUCAUUGAGAACGGCACCGAUCUGUCUCUCAAGCUCACUGAGACCAAGGUCCACGAGGACCCCAGACUGAAGGCUUUCGGAUACUCGCUCGAGCAGGUGUCCCUCCUUCUCGCGCCCAUGGCCGCUGACUCGAAGGAGGCACUCGGAUCCAUGGGUAACGAUGCUCCCUUGGCAUGCUUGGCUCAGCAGCCACGCUUGCUGUACGAGUACUUCCGCCAGCUCUUUGCGCAGGUCACGAACCCUCCCAUCGAUCCCAUUCGUGAGGCCGUGGUCAUGUCGCUCGGAUCUUACGUCGGACCUCAGGGCAACUUGUUGGAGAUGAACAAGGAGCAGUGCCACCGACUGUACCUCCCAUCGCCAAUCCUCGAUGUCGAGGAGUUCAACGCGCUCAAGGAGAUCCCCAACUUGCACUCCGACUGGACUCUCGCCACCAUCGACAUCACCUUCCCCAAGGCCGAGGGUAUUGAGGGUUACAAUAACGCCCUCGACCGCAUCUGCCAGGAUGCGUCCGAUGCCAUCGAGAGAGGCGACAAGAUCAUUGUUCUCUCCGACCGCAACACUUCCGCUGAGAAUGUCGCUGUGUCUGCCCUCCUGGCUACUGGUAUGGUCCACCACCACAUGGUCCGCAACCGAUGGCGUGCACAGGCUGCUCUCGUUGUCGAGACUGCCGAGGCUCGUGAGGUCCACCACAUGUGUGUGCUCGUCGGAUACGGUGCCGAUGCCAUCAACCCCUACCUUGCCAUUGAGUGCAUUCUCAAGCUCAACCGCGAAGGCCUGAUUCGCAAGAAGAUCACCCCAGAGACUCUCGUCGGCAACUACAAGCACUCUUGCGAUGGUGGCAUCCUGAAAGUCAUGUCCAAGAUGGGUAUUUCCACUCUUCAGAGUUACAAGGGAGCUCAGAUCUUCGAGGCCCUCGGAAUCGACGACACUGUCGUUGACCGCUGCUUCACUGGAACUGCCACGCGCAUUCGUGGUAUGACCUUCGAGUUGAUCGCUCAGGACGCCUUCGCUCUCCACGAGAAGGGCUACCCAACCCGCAACAUCCUCCAGGUGCCAGGACUUGCCGAGACUGGUGAGUAUCACUGGCGUGAUGGUGGUGAGCCUCACGUCAACGACCCUGUCUCCAUUGCAAACAUUCAGGACGCUGUUCGCAUGAAGAACGACAAGUCGUACGAGGCCUACUCUCGCUCCGAGUACGAGCAGAUCAAGAACUGCACCCUUCGUGGUCUUCUUGACUUCGACUUCGACUCUGCCAACGCCAUCCCCGUUGAGCAGGUCGAGCCAUGGACUGAGAUCGUCCGUCGCUUCGUCACCGGUGCCAUGUCUUACGGAUCCAUCUCAAUGGAGUCUCACUCCACUCUUGCUGUGGCCAUGAACAGACUCGGCGGAAAGUCCAACACUGGUGAAGGUGGUGAGGACCCCGAGCGAAGCUUGCCAAUGGACAACGGAGACACCAUGCGUUCUGCCAUCAAGCAGAUUGCCUCUGGUCGUUUCGGUGUCACAAGCAACUACCUUGCUGAUGCCGACGAGCUUCAGAUCAAGAUGGCCCAAGGUGCCAAGCCUGGUGAGGGUGGUGAGCUUCCUGGCCACAAGGUGUCUGGACCCAUCGCUCGCACUCGUCACUCCACCCCUGGUGUCGGUCUCAUCUCCCCACCGCCUCACCACGACAUUUAUUCCAUCGAGGAUCUCAAGCAGUUGAUCUACGAUCUGAAGUGCUCCAACCCGAGAUCUCGUGUCUCCGUCAAGCUCGUGUCCGAGACUGGUGUUGGUAUCGUCGCCUCUGGUGUCGCCAAGGCUAAGGCCGAUCACAUCCUCAUCUCUGGUCAUGACGGUGGUACUGGUGCCUCCCGAUGGACUGGUAUCAAGUACGCUGGUCUGCCAUGGGAGUUGGGUCUCGCCGAGACUCACCAGACCUUGGUGCUCAACGAUCUCCGUGGACGCGUCGUUGUUCAGACCGAUGGUCAACUCCGUACUGGACGUGAUGUCGCUCUUGCCUGCUUGCUCGGUGCUGAGGAGUUUGGGUUCGCUACUGCUCCUCUCAUCGCCAUGGGUUGUAUCAUGAUGAGGAAGUGUCACUUGAACACCUGCCCCGUCGGUAUCGCCACACAGGACCCAGAGUUGAGGAAGAAAUUCAAGGGAACACCCGAGCACGUUAUCAACUUCUUCUACUACAUCUCCAACGAGCUCCGUGCCAUCAUGGCCAAGCUUGGGUUCCGCACCGUCAACGAGAUGGUCGGUCACACCGAGCUGCUCAAGGUCCGCGAGGAUCUCAGGAACGCAAAGACCGAGAACAUCGACUUGUCUUUGAUCCUGACUCCAGCCCACACUCUCCGAUCAGGCGUUGCCACCUACAACGUCCGCAAGCAGGACCACAAGCUCCACGUCCGUCUCGACAACAAGCUCAUCGCCGAGUCUGAGCUUGCUCUUGAGAAGGGUCUGCCAUGCCGUAUUGAGUGCGACAUUGUCAAUACCGAUCGUGCCAUGGGUGCCACUCUCUCUUACCAGAUCAGCAAGCGCUACGGUGAGAAGGGUCUGCCACAGGACACGAUCCAUGCCAACAUCCGUGGUUCCGCUGGUCAGUCGUUCGGUGCCUAUCUCGCGCCAGGUGUCACUCUCGAGCUUGAGGGAGACGCCAACGACUACGUCGGAAAGGGUCUGUCUGGUGGUCGCUUGAUCAUCUACCCACCGCGCUCCUCUGUCUUCAAGGCUGAGGAGAACGUCAUCAUUGGAAACACCUGCUUGUACGGUGCUACCAUGGGUACGUGCUUCUUCCGCGGUGUGGCCGCUGAGCGUUUCGCCGUCCGCAACUCCGGUGUCACCGCCGUUGUCGAGGGUGUCGGUGACCACGGUUGUGAGUACAUGACUGGUGGACGUGUUGUCGUUCUCGGCAGCACUGGUCGCAACUUUGCUGCCGGUAUGUCUGGAGGUAUUGCAUACGUCCUCGACUUGCACCACGACUUCGAGGGCAAGGUCAACCAGGAGAUGGUUGAGCUGUCUUCUCUCGAGGACCCACACGAGAUCGCUUUCCUCCGCGGUCUCAUUGAGGAUCACCACCACUACACCGGCUCCGAGCUGGCUGCCAGGAUCCUGCUCGACUUCAACCGCGCUCUGCCUCGCUUUGUCAAGGUCCUUCCAACCGACUACAAGCGAGUCAUGGAGGAGGAGGCAAAGAAGAAGGAAGAGGCUCGCCGCGCCGAAUACCCGCUUCCCAUCCUCCCUGGCAACUCCGUUCGCAACCUGCACGAGCAGUCCCGCGAGCACGAGCACGCCGCCGAGAAGAAGAAGGCCACUCUUCAGGAUCUUGAGGAGAGCGUCCCUGACAACGCCGCCGAGAAGAAGCGCUCCGCUUUGGUGCUCGACAAGACCAAGGGUUUCAUGAAGUACCAGCGUCGCUCUGAGAAGUACCGCCCAUCCAAGACCCGCACUCGUGACUGGGCCGAGCUUUCUCAGCGCUUGAACGAGGACGAGCUCAAGUACCAGUCUGCUCGAUGCAUGGACUGUGGUGUGCCUUUCUGCCAGUCCGAUACUGGUUGCCCGAUCUCCAACAUCAUUCCCAAGUGGAAUGAGCUUGUGUUCCAAAACCAAUGGGAGGAUGCUCUCAACCGCCUGCUCAUGACCAACAACUUCCCCGAGUUCACUGGUCGUGUCUGCCCAGCUCCUUGCGAGGGUGCUUGUGUGCUCGGAAUCACCGAGGACCCAGUCGGUAUCAAGUCGAUCGAGUGCGCCAUCAUCGACCGUGGUUUCGAGAUGGGCUGGAUGGUUCCAUCCCCACCCAAGUUCCGCAGCGGCAAGACUGUUGCCAUCGUCGGAUCUGGUCCUGCCGGUCUGGCCGCCGCCGAUCAGCUCAACAAGGCUGGUCACGAGGUCACCGUCUACGAGCGUUCCGACCGUGUCGGUGGUCUCCUCAUGUACGGUAUCCCCAACAUGAAGCUCGACAAGAACGUUGUCCAGCGCCGUGUAGACUUCAUGGCUGCCGAGGGCAUCAACUUCGUCACUGGCUGCUUCGUCGGCGAAGGCGAUGUCACCUUCGACAGUCUCCGCAAGGAUAAUGAUGCCGUCAUCCUCGCAACUGGAUCCACCGUCGCUCGCGACCUGAAGAUCCCCGGCCGCGAGCUUGAGGGUAUUCACUACGCCAUGCAGUUCUUGCACAAGAACACCAAGUCGCUGCUCGACUCCGAGCUCGCUGACGAGGCCUACAUCUCCGCCAAGGGCAAAAACGUUGUUGUCAUCGGUGGUGGUGACACCGGUAACGACUGCAUCGGUACCUCCGUCCGUCACGGCGCCAAGUCGGUGAUCAACUUCGAGCUGCUGCCCCAGCCACCGGCUGCUCGCGCCGCCGACAACCCCUGGCCACAGUGGCCUCGCAUCUACCGUGUCGACUACGGUCACACCGAGGUCAAGACUCACAUGGGCCGCGACCCACGUGAGUUCUGCAUCAUGUCCAAGGAGUUCGUCGAUGAUGGCUCCGGCGCCGUCAAGGGCGUCAACGUCAAGCGUCUGGACUGGACCAAGAACUCGGCCGGCGGCUGGGACAUGAAGGAGAUCGAAGGCAGCGAGGAGUUCUUCCCCGCUGAGCUCGUGCUCAUCUCCAUGGGCUUCCUGUCCCCCGAGGAGAAGGUCACCGAGGGCUUGAUCGAGCUCGACGCUCGCAAGAACUUCAAGACUCCUCCCGGCAAGUACACCACCAGCUUGGAGGGCGUCUUCGCCGCGGGUGAUUGCCGUCGCGGUCAGUCCUUGAUCGUGUGGGGUAUCAACGAGGGUCGCCAGUGCGCGCGCGAUGUCGACUCGUACCUCACCGGUGUCGGCAGCCAGCUGCCCGUCACUGGUGGAAUUGUCAAGCGCCCCCCUUACGAGCUCCUCCACAAGGCUGGUGCUCCAUCGACCAUCAUCACCGCUGCUUGA